AUGGAGCUGGCCGCGUCUCACCUUCCUCGGGGUCUCCGCGGCUGCUGGGGGGCGGGGGGACCCGAGAACCGGGUCAGCUGGGCUUUCCGCUCAGCCCCGGGGCCGCGGCCUCUCGUCUCGGGCUCUCACCAACUCGACCUCCGGGGAGCCCUGACCCUCCCGGGCCUGGAAGAGAGCGGCGGCGGCGGUGGCCGGCGACCCGGGCCGGCAGCCGCUUCCUUCUCCGGGGAAGCCCCGGGCGCGCCCCCGCUUCGGCUCCCGCUCCUGCUCCCGCUCGGCUCCGGCCCGGCCCCAGCUCCCGCGUGCUCGCGGCACGCACGCCCGCCCCGGCCUCCCAGCGAGCGGCCCCGCCCAGCCCGGCUCGCGGCCCCUUCCCUGAGGGAAGGACUGAGCUCGGCGGGAACGGCCGAGACCGGCGGCUUUUACAAACGCACACACCAACACGCACACACCCCGACAACACGUCCGUCCGGCCCGGCUCGUCCUGCCGCCGCCGCUGUGCCCGCGCCCUGCCUCUGCCGCCGCUCGGCCUCCGCGCCGCUGCGCUGGGCUCCGCUCCGCUCGGCCGGCGCCUGUCCCUCACAUCCUCCCCGGCUCGUCCGGCCGCCGCCGCCGCCCCGCUCUGCUCCCAGCGGAGUCCCCGGGGGUCCGCCCGCACCCCUCUCCGGCCCCUUGCUCCCGGGCGCGCGGAGCAGGGCGGGGGUUUCUUCCCCCGGGAGAGUUGGCAAACCAGCACCUGCUGCUGGUGGAGAUCACCAAGAACUGAAACAGGAAACCCUGAGCCAAGGGGGAAAACCUGGGAGGCGUGGAGAGCAGGAGAGGGGGAGCUGCUUUAACCUGUUCGGCUCGGCCGGGGCGCUGCCCCCUCUUUUGGUCUCGCACUCUCUGUCCCAGGGAGAUGCGGCGGCCGCCGGCUUGGACUGGGAUGCCCCACUAAGGGCUCCUAAUCCUGGGAAGCCUCCACUCGCUGAAGUCCAGCAUUCUUCCCCGCGGCAAUAA